GAUUCCUCGAAGUUUUAUUUUUGACCUGCUCACCUCCCCAACGACAAACGAGUGCCCAAUAAAAGCAAGGGACAAGCUUCUUAAGACGACAGUUUCGUUGUAGACGACAACGGCCCCGGAGCACCUAGAGCUCUCGCACUAUCUAACGAGCUGAACAUGCGAACAAACAUCGCAGUCUGUGUGGUGACGCUGGCAUGUGUCCUCUUGGCGCUGACGCGGGCUGACAGCAACGGCGGUCUGUCAUGCAGUUCGUGCGGCAGCGAAUGUCAGGAGGCGUGCGGAACGCGUCACUUCAGGGCGUGCUGCUUCAACUUCCAGCGCCGGCGACGCAGCGGAUCUGGAGCAGACGAAGGGGAAACAGCUGCCGACAGCGACCCAUCAGGCAGCAUCAUCACCGACGCCCUGCAGUCCGACUCGCUGCCUGACGGGGGUGGAGCCGUGGCUGCGGCUCAGGAAGAAGCUUGGAACAACGUAAACCGUCUUCUGAAGGCCCUCAACGCCCGGGCGUUCAAGUCUACUGUCUACCCUGGCGGCACUCACGGGCCUUUUUACUUCCGUCCACAAAUAUCAAAGAAUUAUCGGUGGUACUAAUGCGGAUAAAGGACAAAAAUUACAUUCUCUACAUUUAAACAAAACACCAACGUCUGUUACAUGGGAGUUUAUGACAGGACACUGAAAAUUUCUGGCUACAAUGCGUCAAAAUAAUGAUAAACUUUUGUGUGGCUUAGCAUUUGAAAAUGUUAAUUAUA